AGAAGGACAAAAACCAAGAGCAACCUCGAAGAUCAAAAGCUCAAGCACAUCGCACUUUAUAUGGCUCUAGCAAUCAAGGGAUUCUCCAAGAAAAGGAAUGCAACUACUCAUUGAACAAUCAUACUUUGAGAGAUCUAGGAGUCAGAUUUUGCUAGGAACUUGAAUGCUACCAUGUUGAUGUACUUAGUGUGAUGUACUAGGCUUUUACUUUGUAAUGAAUGACCAUCUUUGUAAUGCAUGUUGAACUACUUGUAAAUGUCUUCUAUGCAACCCUUAGAGUCUACGAAAAUCUCAAGGGGUUCAAAGAUAUUUUGCUUCAUCCGAGGCUCCUUAAGGAUUGGAAAUCGACAAUGUGUAGACUACUUCAAGAAGAAAGAAGAAAACAAAAAAAUCAAGCAUGAUAGUCUCCCUGUGUUUUCUCACUCUUUGGAGCAAUGCAUCAUCCAUCUAGAAGGCAACCUUCAACAUACUCUUAUAAGCUCACCAAGAUAUGAUGUUGAAGUGGAUUUACACACGAGACAUGUGGAUCUAGAUUCAAUGAAUGAGGGGGCAAAUCUAGGACAUGGGGAAAACCUGAGUUUUGCUAAUGAUGAAUCUGAAUACAAUGAUGCCAUUUCAGGAUUGGUAUAUGUUUCAAAUGAUCCAAAUCCAUGUCGAGGAAGAUGAUGAUGAUCUCGAUUCUUCCCUUGAACUAAUUGAUGUGUUGCAAAAUAGAGGCCAAAGUUGCAG